AUGGCUACAAUAGAACCCAAGCAGAAUACCAAACAUCGGUACCAGUUGGAUGACAUCAAAUUGAGCGAGGAUGAAGAUGACAGUAUCUGUCUGGUAAAUUGGACCGUUCCUCAACUCGUCAGACUUGUUCGUCGAUCGCCGGAUCAGCCGCUUGGACUCAAAUUGGCUGGUAAGCAAGUUGAAACAGUUGCGAGACAGACCUUCCGCACUCUCCGAUAG